AUGAGAGAGGCUUUAGAAGACGACCAAGUGCAAGAACCAACGGAGAAGUCUAACAGUGCUGCUUCAUCAAAACCUUCGGCUAAACGAUCAUCCAGUACACUCAACUUUGUCAAGGACUGGGCGGCAAUAGUGAUAUGCGUUAGUUGUAUGUUGUUCACUCAGGUGGGACUUGGGGCGUAUUUGGUAAUCACCAAAGAGUUCAUAGCGGAAACUUUUGGCGUGCAAGGGUCGCCGGGACAGCAAUCAUGGAUAGUAGCCGCUUUCUCCUUGUCAGUUGGUACCUUCGUAUUGCCCAGUGGGAGAUUGGGUGAUAUAUAUGGAAAUAAGCGGAUCAUGUGCAUUGGAUUCGCAUGGUACAGCCUCUGGUCGAUGGUGACUGGCUUAACAGUGUACACGCGCUCGAUUAUAUUCUUCGACGUGUGCAGAGCGCUGCAGGGUAUAGCACCUGCCUUAAUGCUUCCCAACGCUGUAGCAAUAAUAGGCCGGACAUUCCCGCCAGGCAUAAAAAAGGCUAUAUCAUUUGCCUUGUUCGCUGCAUCUGCCCCCAAUGGAUUCGUGGUUGGUGCUUUGUUCAGCAGUCUUUUCGCUCAAAGCUCGGUCAAAGCACCAGUUAGCGGAGCUGAAUGGGUGUGGUCGACAUUUGUGCUUUCUAUCGCCCUUCUUGUCAUGUUCGGUCUAGCGGUCUGGAUUAUCCCUCCAGAUGGAGACAGAAGCGACCAGAAGGGAAUAGGAUUCGACUACUGGGGCGCUCUCACGGCAGUGCCCGGCUUAAUUCUGCUUAACUUCGCCUGGAAUCAGGCAGCCAUUGUGACAUGGAAGAAUGGUUACGUCUGUGCUCUACUCGCAGUUGGCGUAAUCUUACUCGGUGUAUUUGCUUGGGUUGAGACUCGAGUAGCGCAGCCGCUACUACCACUGACAAUUUUCAAGAACGUACACAACAACCUUAUGCUCGGAUGCGUUGCGACGGGAUGGUCCACCUUUGGCAUCUGGCUGCUCUUCUCUAUCAGAUACAUCCAAGACCUACGAGGUGUUGAUGCGCUUGAGACAGUCUCUCAGAUAGUGCCAUUUUGCGUAGUGGGUUGGUUAGGAGCAGCGAUUUCACCUAUCUUAAUCAUCAAAUUCGGCGGCAGCUGGGUGACCAUCGGUGCCAUGUUUUCGUUCUUGAUCGCAAUAUGUCUAGUGGCUUUCGAGCCUGUGAAGCUCACCUACUGGGCGAUGCAUUUUGUGAGCUAUAUUAUUGCUACACUCGGUGUGGAUAUGAGCUUCCCAGCUGCUUCGGUUAUCAUCUCCGAUCACCUGCCGCGUGAACAUCAAGGACUGGCUGGAUCGCUUAUCAACACACUCGUCAACUAUUCCAUCGCGAUCGCGUUGGGUAUCGCCGCGACGGUUGAAAACCAUGUGAAUAACGGCGGUAAAGAUCCAGAAGCUGGUAUCAGAGGUGCUUGCUAUCUCGGAGUAGGACUUUCGGCAGCCGGAGUUUUACUUGCUCUGAUCAACAAAAUAAUCGAGGAGGUUGAAAUACGCAGAUCGCCGGAUCCUCAUGCUGCUCGUGAAGCUGGAAAAUCUCUGGAGUGA